UGUUGAAAUCUUGUUAUGUUCAUACAAAUAUUUACACAUGUUAAGUUUGCUGAAAAUAAACGCAGUUGACAGUGAGAGGACGUUUCUUUUUAUGCUGAGUUUAUUUCUAUAUUGAUCUGUGUCUGUGGUUAUGCAUCCUUCUGCUUCUAUUUUCUUCCUUUCCAAACUGGGAAAACCCUUCAAGCAUGUUCCACUUUUGCUAAUCAGCAUGGCUUUGCAUACUGCUUGGUUAAAGAAAAGUUAAUGUACUUUCUAAAUGUACGAAAAGUAUUUCCCUACAAACCUUGCAUCUCAUGAUUAACCUGUAAUUGACCACUAGAGGGUCUUCCUCACAAGCCCUCAGGAGUGUCUAAACUCCACCGACCCAUUAACAGACUACGUUAGUGAUGCACUAGAGCUUUGGUAUCAUUUUUGCCAGUAGUUUUGUAAGUAGUGCUCGAGUCAAAAACGUGUCCCUGAACAUUGUGUACUACGCCAUCCAUUUUGUAUGAUAUGUUACGUCCUGCAUAGAAUAUGUUACAAAUUCCAAUUCGUACAAUAUUUUAAAUGUAUAAGCGCUUAAGAUCCUGGAUUGCAUCUUUAACUAUCCAUUAUUUUUUUUUUAUUAAUUUUUAUUGUAGAAUAUUUUUUUUUAGAUGGCAACUAAUCAAGUUGUUCUUAUAACUAUCCCAAUACCAAUAUGUGUUUACACAUAUGGAAAAUUAUUCUUGCAUGUUUGUCAAUACAAUAGUUGCUCAGCAACAGUAUCUGAUAACUCCCCCUUUAAAACAAGCACCUACAGCCCUGAUGUUAUGUGAAAGAGGAACAGUCCUCCAUCUCUUGACAUUUACACAGGAUAAGACCGCAGACACUAAGACCGAGAGGGAGAUAGACAGGAGGAAGUGACUGAGAUAUUUCACAAGCUGCAAAGACCACCAAACAGUGGUAGAGACUGAGGGCACCUGGUGUUUGACUCUAAAGAACAUUUUGUUUGCGACUACAACUAGGUAAGGGAACAACAAUGUCCUCCCAGGGCAGAGACUAUAGAGACACUGAUAGAGAUACUCUAUGAAAAUGGAGACAGACAGGGUGAUGUUGAGGCACAGAACAGAACUAGAAUUGCCCAAACUGAAUAGUGGCUUACUGGGGUAACGUUUUAUUAUUCCUAUGAUAAUCUAACAGUCCAAUUGGUCUUGUCCUAAAAGGAGGGGCAGAUAUAAAAGCUUGGAUAGGGGGUAUUGGGGUUAUUGAACAGAUGACUAUGAAAGGGCUCAUUAAUUUACAGGAAGUAAUAUGAUCUUGGUCUUAUUAUAAUGUGUUGGUGGAGUACAAUAUUACAAUAUAUUUUAAUGUGGGGAAUGGCCAAGACUAGGGUCGGCCUAAUAUUUGACCUGUAGUUUGAUUCAGGGCAUUACCAUGUUCCCCAGAUUUGUCUGUUUAUAAAUAACCGUACACUAUCAGAGUUCAGCAUUUUACUUUCCCCCAAAAGUAUGAAUUUUUGCUUUAAUUGAAAAAUGUGUUAAUGUGUGUUACUAUCUUAAAUGUGGCAUAACCCGAUGGUUGUAUUACCACUUUGCAGUACAGCGUCUUCAAACGAGAGUUUAUUGUUAAAGCCAUGAUGUAGCAUCACUUAUCACAAUUAAUACCAAUAAUAAAAGAUGAGUGAUAUAUUUUCCCUCUGUAAGUAUGGCUGCUUGGGAUCUGUCUGUGACAGUGGAGGAGCUUGGCCCAGAGGCCACACCCUUCAAAGUUAGCGUGACCUCAGACCUGCACAUUGGUGGUGUCGUACUCAGAAUUGUGGAGAAGACACAGAUAAAGAAGGACUGGUCAGACCAUGCCCUGUGGUGGGAGCAGAAGCAGCAGUGGCUGCUCCAACUAUCCUGGACCCUUGAGAAGUAUGAGAUCCAUGCCGAUGCUCGCCUGAGCCUCACCCCCCAGCACAAGCCCCUGAAACUGGGCCUACCCAACGGGACCACUCUGAGGCUUCAGGCCUGCUUCUCUCGUCCAGUCUUCCAAACUGUUAUGGGGGUCUGUCGUCUGCUGAACAUGCGUCACCCAGAGGAGCUGUCGUUGUUACGGCCAGUGGAGGAGAAGAAAAAGAAGAAAGACACAGAGGAGGAAGUAGUAGUAUAUGAUCUAACAAGCCUUCGGAUCUCAUCAGGUCCAGCUCACACCCUGUCCAAUGGCAUGCCUGUGCACUUUGCUGACUCACCCCAGACUGAGGCUGUGUAUAAGAUGUUGUCUGUCAGCCUACCUGCUCCUGAGACUAUCACCAAGACGCCCCGUCCCACCAGCCUUGUGGACAAGGCCCAAGUUCACAGCAGAUGGCUGGAUUCGUCUCGUUCUCUGCUCCAACAGGGAGUGCAGGAGCAUGACAGACUGCUGCUACGCUUCAAAUACUACUGCUUCCAUGACCUGCAGCCCAAGUAUGAUGCAGUCCGUCUGACCCAGAUGUAUGAGCAGGCUCGCUGGGCCAUCUUGUUAGAGGAUGUUGGCUGCACAGAGGAAGAGAUGAUGCUCUUUGCUGCCCUUCAGCACCACAUUGGUAAGGUGUCUCUGUCAGAGCCCCGGCUGAUGACAUCAUGUCCUGCCAUGGAUGACCUUGACUCCGCCCUUCAGUGUUUGGAGGUGAAGAUGGAUGCAGAGGAGUGCAGUGCUGAAGACAUGCUGGAAACAAUGACGGUAGCACCAGAGCUGCAUGACUACUUGAACAUCUUCAGACCAAAGAGACUGACACUAAAGGGCUAUAAGCAGUUCUGGUUCACGUUCAACAACACAUCCAUCUCCUACUACAAGAGUAAAGAGGAGAGCCUCAAGGAGCCCAUUCAGCAGAUGAAUCUCAAAGGCUGUGAGGUGGUCCCAGACGUUAGUGUGGCUGGUCAGAAGUUCUGCAUCAGACUGCUGAUUCCUGGGGCUCAGGGCAUGAAUGAGGUCUACCUACGCUGUGAGAAUGAGCUGCAGUACAGCAGGUGGAUGGCAGCUUGCCGUUUAGCCUCCAAGGGGAAGAGUCUAGCAGACAGCUCCUUCUCUAAUGAGGUGCAGAAUAUCCAGUCCUUCCUGGACAUGCAGCGAACCACCCCCGGGGUCAAUGCUGCUCAGACUGAUGACAUCAUCAACACACACGGCCUUGUAUCCCCACGCUACCACAAAAAGUACAAGUCCAAACAGCUAACUCCCCGCAUCCUGGAAGCCUAUCAGAAUGUGGCCCAGCUCCCUCUAACAGAUGCUCUCCUCAGGUUUCUUCAGAUCUGGCAGGCUCUACCUGAGUUCGGGGUGUGUUAUUUUGUGGUGAGGUUUAAGGGAUGCCGUAAAGAUGAGGUCCUCGGCGUCACCAACAACCGUCUCAUCCGCAUUGACCUCGGCACCGGAGAUGUGGUGAAGACGUGGAGAUACAACAUCAUGAAGCAGUGGAAUGUCAACUGGGAUAUCCAGCAGGUGGCCAUCGAGUUCAAUGCUAAUGUGAACAUUGCCUUCAGCUGUGUGACUGCUACCUGCAAGAUUGUGCACGAGUACAUUGGGGGCUACAUCUUUAUGGCCACACGCACCAGAGAACAGACAGAGGUGUUGAACCAGGAGCUCUUUUACAAGCUGACUGGUGGCCAUGAAGCCCUCUAAAUAUCCAUGAGAUGAACAUCUGGAUCUCUCUUUAUGGUUUCAUGAUACUGUCAUAGACAGCUAGCUGGUCUGACUAGCAUGGUCUAGCUGGUUAUGUUUGUUGUCCAGCAUAGUCUAGCUGGUCUGACCAGCUUGGUCUAGCUGGUCAUGCUUGUUGUCCAGCAUAGUCUAGCUGGUCUGACCAGCAUGGUCUAGCUGGUCUGACUAGCAUGGUCUAGCUGGUUAUGUUUGUUGUCCAGCAUAGUCUAGCUGGUCUGACCAGCAUGGUCUAGCUGGUCUGACCAGCAUGGUCUAGCUGGUUAUGCUUGUUGUCCAGCAUGGUCUAGCUGGUCUGGCCAGCAUGGUCUAGCUGGUUAUGCUUGUUGUCCAGCAUGGUCUAGCUGGUCAGACCAGCAUGGUCUAGCUGGUUAUGCUUGUUGUCCAGCAUAGUCUAGCUGGUCUGACCAGCAUGGUCUAGCUGGUUAUGCUUGUUGUCCAGCAUGGUCUAGCUGGUCUGACCAGCAUGGUCUAGCUGGUCUGACCAGCAUGGUCUAGCUGGUUAUGCUUGUUGUCCAGCAUAGUCUAGCUGGUCUGACCAGCAUGGUCUAGCUGGUUAUGCUUGUUGUCCAGCAUGGUCUAGCUGGUCUGACCAGCAUGGUCUAGCUGGUUAUGCUUGUUGUCCAGCAUAGUCUAGCUGGUCUGACCAGCAUGGUCUAGCUGGUUAUGCUUGUUGUCCAGCAUGGUCUAGCUGGUCUGACCAGCAUGGUCUAGCUGGUUAUGCUUGUUAUCCAGCAUGGUCUAGCUGGUCUGACCAGCAUGGUCUAGCUUGUUAUCCUGGUUUACCAGCAUAGUCUAGCUGAUUACCCAUAUGGAAAAUAAUCAUGAAAAUCAAAUAAGAAUAUUGUAUGGCAGAAGAAGAGUAUUUGUACCAAUAUCUAAUAAGUUAUCUAGGAUCUGGUAAGAUUUUGUAUGUUUUUUCCUUUUCCUUACAGUGAUGUACUUGUAUAUGUGUUAUAUGCCUUAUAUGACAUACACUAUUGAAUACAUGAUUGUGGUGAAUUUCCAACAUAGAUAUGGUAUGAUAUAUUUGAGUAAAAUAUAUUAAUUAUAACUCAUCUAUGAAUAUUAUAAGGUGUAUGCUCUACAAAAUAAAUGCUUUCCUUA